CUGAGAAAUCUGAAAGACCUUUAAGAUACUUUUUUGUUCAUCAAUGGCUUAUUCAAUCUCCUCCUCUUCUCUGGCCAAUCCACACUUCUUCCAGCCCAUGCUUCCAGGCUUCAACACCCACCUUUCGAUUCCUGUAGCUUUUUACACGAAACACUUGCAAGGAAGAGAAGAGGGCAACGAGGUGGAACUGAGAGUAGACGUUACGGAAAUAACCUGGAAAGUCAAGAUUGAAGGCCGUAGAUUGACCAAAGGAUGGGAAAAUUUCACAGCGGCUAACGAUCUUCGUGUCGGCGACUUUCUCGUUUUCAGACACGAAGGUAAUCUCGUGUUUCAUGUCACACCCUUUGGACCUAGCUGCUGUGAGUUAAUCUACUCACAGGAGGAAGAAGACGAGAAGAACACUAAGCACAAAACUGGAAAGCUUAAAGUGAAGAAAAUUCCAAAACAAGAGUGUUCAUCAUCAGAUUCAGACACUAGUUUUGUGGUCCCUGUCACAGCUUCGAACCUACGACUUGAUGGAUUUCAUCUUCCGAAAAGUUUUACAACCUCAAGUGGUCUGAGUACACUGUGCCAAGAGAUUAUUCUAAUGGAUGAGAAAGGUAGGUCAUCGACACUAGAGAUGACGUACCAUAACUCAACGAAACGGUUUCAUGUCAGACGAGGUUGGAGAGCUUUUUGCUGCGCAAAUGAACUUAAAACUGGUUGUAUCUUGAGGCUAAUGUUUUUUGGAAACGGAGCAAAACCCAUUCCCCGGAUGAUUCCGGUUGAGAGGGAUGAGAAGGACGACGACAUUGGAAAGCACUCCAAGAAGAAGAAGGAUAAUCUAGAGGUAGAACAUGAGUCCGUGGACGAAAAAAAGAAUGUGGAGCCGUUGUCUUUGUCAGAUAACUAUAGCUUUGUGGUACCUGUCACCGUUUGUAAUCUACGGGACGAUAGACUGUUUCUUCCAGUGAAGCUUUCAAAGUCUAACAUACUGAACGAAAGUUGUCAGGAGAUAAGUUUGAUGAACAAACAGGGAAGAACAUGGACGUUAAGCUUGAAAUACAGAAAAUCAUCGAACCAGUUUUGCAUCACACACGGCUGGAAAAGUUUCUGCCAUGCAAAUGGUCAGAAAGCCGGAUGUUCCAUUUUAUUCAAGCUGAUCAGAAACAGAACAGGCCCUGUGUUGAUCAUGACCUCUGAAGCCUCUACAUCUAAAGGGUUCAUAGAAAAGAGAUACUCGCAGGAGGAAGAAGUGUAGAAAAAACUGGCUGUGAAGACAGGAGAACUGGCUGUUAAGCACAUCCGUGGAGGUAAUUUUUAACAGCACUUGAACUGGUUUCUUCUAUCCUUUUGUAAACUGUUGUAACUUACCGGAAAAUGAAAACGGUUGCAUGUUUUAGGGCAAGUGACAAAAAUCUAACCCUCUUUUAGUUG